AUGACCGGCUCGACACGCUACUUCUUCUCUUCGCGAGUAUUCUCUGCUGCGGCACCGUCAGGCGCCCCUGCGACGGUCGAGGUGGACAAGGCUUCUGGGCGGGUGAAGCGGGUCCAUGAGGGAGUGAUCAAGCGCGACGAGCUGGCUGAGGCGGUCGACGAGGCAGACUGGGUCGAUGCUGGCGAACAGUGGAUCCUUCCAGGCCUUGUCGACGCGCAUGUCCACCUGAACGAGCCGGGCAGGACGGAGUGGGAGGGCUUCGAGACUGGUACUGCGGCUGCCGCUUCGGGAGGCGUUACGACCGUCAUCGACAUGCCGCUGAACGCGAUUCCUCCCACAACGACUGUCGAGAACUUGCACAUCAAGCUGAACGCUUCCGAGGGCAAGCGGCAUAUCGACGUCGGCUUCUGGGGAGGAGUCGUGCCGGACAACGCCGACGACUUGCAGCCAUUGGCGAAAGAGGGCGUCAAGGGCUUCAAGGGGUUCUUGUGCGAGAGCGGCGUGGACGAGUUUCCGGGUAUCAAGGAGGAGCACGUUAUGCGAGCGAUGGAGGAGCUUGACGCCGCCAAAUCGCUCUUCCUCUUCCACGCCGAACUCGACAACACAUCGCACUCGCACAGCGACCACGACGACCCUUCCGCAUACUCUACUUUCCUCGCCUCUCGCCCACCCGCGCUCGAAGAAUCCGCCAUUGACCUCAUCAUCCGCUGCGCCCGCCAGUUCCCCUCUCUCCGCACGCACAUCGUCCACCUGUCUGCCUCUUCCGCCCUUCCCGCCCUCCGUCACGCACGACGAGACCUUAACCUCCCCCUCUCGGUCGAAACCUGCUUCCACUACCUCUGCCUCUCUGCCGAGCAAAUCGCCAAGGGCGAGACGCUCUACAAGUGCUGCCCGCCCAUCCGCGACGAUGCGAACCGCGAGAAGCUCUGGCAGGCCCUCCUAGACGGCGAUGUCGACUUUGUCGUCUCGGACCACUCGCCUUGCACAACGGAGCUGAAGAAGCUCGAGGCGGGCGACUUCCUCGGUGCCUGGGGCGGGAUUGGCGGGCUCGGACUCGGUUUGAGCUUGCUCUGGACCGAGGCGAGCAAGCGAGGGAUUGCAAUGGAGAAGGUGCUCGAGUGGGUUGCGAGCAGGCCGGCGAAGCAGGUUGGACUUGAGGGACGGAAGGGCGAGAUCAAGGAGGGCGCCGACGCCGACUUUGUCAUCUUCGACCCGAAGGAGUCGUUCACGAUCAACAAGUCGGAGUUGCACUUCAAGAACCGCGCCUCUCCCUACGAGGGCCUUACGCUCACCGGAGCCGUCAAGAGCACGUAUCUGCGCGGCGAGAAGGUGUACGACCGCAAGACUGGCUUCAAGGGCGUCGAGGCGGACUUUGCGGGCCAGCUGUUGUUGUAG